AUGACUAGCUACCACAAGCCCGACGAGAAAACUCUGCAGGGGCUUAAAGACGUCGCUAACAAGCUCAGGAUCCACUCCAUUAAGGCAACAUGCGCCUCAAACUCUGGUCACCCCACAUCAUGCUGCAGUGCAGCAGAGCUCAUGUCUGUGCUCUUCUUCCACACCAUGCGCUAUAAAGCAGAUGACCCUCGCAACCAGUGCAAUGACCGCUUUGUGCUCUCAAAGGGUCAUGCUGCACCUGUCCUGUAUGCUGCCUGGGCAGAGGCAGGUUUCGUGAAGGAGUCUGAUCUGGUCAACCUGCGCAAGAUUGACUGUGACCUUGAGGGACACCCCACACCAAAACUGGAGUUUGUUGAUGUGGCUACAGGAUCUCUGGGACAGGGUCUCGGCGCUGCAUGUGGGAUGGCCUAUACUGGAAAACACUUUGACAAAUCAAGUUACCGUGUAUACUGCAUGAUGGGUGAUGGGGAGUGUUCAGAGGGCUCAGUUUGGGAGGCCAUGGCCUUUGCCUCCUACUACAAGCUGGAUAACUUGGUGGCAAUAAUUGAUGUCAACCGGCUCGGUCAGAGUGAGGCUGCACCCCUGAAGCACGACAUGGACAUCUACCGCAAGCGCUGUGAAGCGUUCGGGUGGAACACAUAUGUUGUGGAUGGACACGAUGUGGAGGAGCUGUGCAAAGCUUUCUGGCAAGCUCAGCAGGUCAAGGACAAACCCACUUGCAUUGUAGCAAAGACAUUUAAAGGCAAAGGACUCAAAAAUAUUGAGGAUCUUGACAACUGGCACGGAAAGCCCAUCCCCAAGGACAAGGUGGAUGAACUCCUCAAUGACCUGCAGGCUUUGAUCCAGGUCCCCAACAAAACCCUGUGCCCUGAGCUGCCCAAAGAUGACACAGCACCUGCAGACCUUAGUGUCAUUUCACUGCCAUCACCUCCAGAAUACAAAAAGGGAGAUAAGAUGGCAACAAGGCGCGCAUACGGCGUGGCACUGGCCAAGCUGGGCCAGGCAAGCAAGAGAGUGGUGGCCCUUGAUGGAGACACCAAAAACUCCACCUUCUCCGACAUCUUCAAGAAGGCCUUCCCUGAACGAUACAUUGAGUGCUUCAUCGCUGAACAGAACAUGGUAGGAGUGGCCAUUGGCUGUGCCACCCGUGACCGCACAGUUUCAUUUGCCAGCACGUUUGCUGCCUUCUUCUCCAGAGCCUAUGACCAGAUCCGUAUGGGAGCCAUCUCCCAGUCAAAUGUGAACCUGGUAGGGUCCCACUGUGGAGUCUCCAUCGGUGAGGAUGGUCCUUCCCAGAUGGCCCUAGAAGACUUGGCCAUGUUCCGUGCUAUUCCAACAUGCACUCUGUUUUACCCCAGUGAUGCAGUGUCCACAGAAAGAGCUGUUGAGCUAUCAGCCAACACAAAGGGUAUCUGUUUCAUCCGCACCAGUAGACCAGACACUGCAGUCCUUUACUCUCCAGAUGAGAAGUUUGAAGUGGGUGUAGCCAAGGUGGUGCGCCAGUCUGACAAUGAUAAGGUGACUGUGAUCGGAGCUGGUGUCACUCUGCAUGAAGCCCUUGCUGCCGCUGACAUGCUGGCCAGUGAAGGGAAGAACAUCCGUGUAAUUGACCCAUUCACCAUCAAGCCCCUGGAUGCCUCUACCAUUCUGGCCAGUGCAAGAGCCACAGGUGGACAGAUCAUCACUGUGGAGGACCACUACAAGGAGGGUGGUCUUGGCGAAGCAGUGCUGUCAGCAGUGGGACAGGAGCCUGGUAUUAUUGUGACCCGGCUGGCAGUGAGCGGCGUUCCUCGCAGUGGAAAGCCCCAAGAGCUGCUCGACAUCUUCGGCAUCAGCGCCAAGCACAUUGCCAGCGCCGUGCGUAAGACCUUUGCAAACUAAGAACUGCGCCUGGUUUCCCGCUUGUUGCUCUGUUGCAUCACAACCAACUUUCUACCCAACUUGCAGCUACCUGGCAUGAUCACGUGAAGACCUGUGAACUUCUGUGCCAUCUUGUGGUUUUGACUCGAGUGCAGUGUGCUAACCCUGUAUUAGUAUCGCAGAUGGGGAGAGAUGGGAGUGCGGUGUUAAUAUUACUCCCCCCGUGUGCACCUUGUAGUACCCUCUUCUCCCGAUGGGGUCUAUUCUGCAACAUUCCUUUUUUUUUUUUUGGUUUGUAUACUUUUUGUCUUCAAAAUGGUGUUUUGCAUGUGGCUCAGACAGAAGCAUACCAGCGGCCUGUGCAGGUUCUGAUCCUCUAUGAACUGCGUUCCUACAUUCACUUCACAUUCCUGACCACCAUGCCUCAUGUCUUGUCACUGCUUUUUCUAAGCACUGUUACUGUUCAUCCAUAAAUCUGUUCUAGAUCAUUUUUGUAGUUGUCAGCUUUUAGUUCUGGUAGAGAAUUCUCUUCAGACCCAGUGAGAGAAGUUAAACCUAUGUAGUUAUGAACUGUUUGCGCAUUCCUCUUAAUGAUUCCUGGCCACAUGAGCAUCAUAUACUGUUACUGGUGUUCCAGGUCACCAGUGUAAUCCUGUCAUAGCUGUGUUGUGCUGAAUUAAAUGAUUAACACAGUG